AGUUGAAAUUAACUGGCGCUAAAACAUUGUUGUGUGUUGGAUGCAUUUUGUGCUUACAAGCGAAUUAAAUAUACAUAAAUGUCGAGUGAAAGUGAGGAAUACUACUCCGACGAGGAGCCUGAAAUCAUCAGUGGCACAUCGUCAUCGAUAGGCAACUCAAAUGGCAGCCGCAGCGUUGCCAGUCUCACUGCAAAUUCCACCAGUAUCAAGAGUGAUGCCACCAACUUGACCAUUGAGGACUCCGAUGCCGAUGACGAUGACGAUGCCGAUGGUACCAGUUUGCGUCGACCCCAGUUCCGUAGACGUCGCGGCCGUGCGGCAAUUCUUUCCGACAGCGAAGACGAGGAGGAAGAGAAUGCGGAGGAGGCGGAUGAGGAUGAUGAUGAGGAUGAACUGGAGCAGCGUGCACUCUCGCCGCGCACGCGCAUGAGCAUCACUGGUGUACGUCCGGCUGACAUGAGCGAUGGUUCCAGCGAUCUGGAAUUCAGCAAUGAUGACGAGCAGCAAAGCUCGUCUCUGAAGAAGGAGGUGCCUGAGGAGGAAGCAGCUGUUAUUGCUGGUGCUCAAUCGCCUCGUUAUACCUCACAAUUUGCAAGUAGCAUUGUGGAGUCCUUGCACUCUACAAUUUUCCCCAUCGCUGAGCCCGAGGAGCAGCAGCAUCAACUGUCCAACGAGUCCAGUAGCAGCGAUGUGAUCAUCUGCAGCAAUCGGGAGACGCCCAUUGAGAUAUUAAGCAGCUCCGAGGAUGAGACGAGCUACACCAACAACAAGGAGAACAAAUCGAAUCGCAUUUAUUCGCCACGCAGCAGCUCUGAAGCGCCGAGCAGGAAUCGAUCAAGCAGCAAACUCGUUCAGCCCACCAUUAUGGCGGCCAUGAAGAAGUCUUCGCCAGGACGUCGAUCCGGUGUUAAUGGUCAAAGUGUCUCUCAGGAUUUCUAUGAUAAGGAAUCGCUUAAGCUGUCCGAAAUGCGAUCGCACCUCAAUGAAGCGUUAGGCCUUCACGAUAAGGUGUCCCACAAGUUGCCCGACAAGGGCGCCCAAAUGUUGAAGCGCAUCGAAGGCCUCCGUCUGGACAUUGACAUCAAAUCCAAAUAUAUCGCUGGACUCAACGUGCAGAAGGAUAUUCCACCAGUCAAGCUGCCAUCGCAAAAAAUAACAGCAAAACAGGAGAGCGACGAGUUUGGCUGGGAUCAGCUUUCGGCUGCGGUUAAUCAGAUUAAGCCAACGCAUACCGGCGCCCGUGGCAUGGCCACAUUCAAUGCCAUGAGAGCGCUGACCGUGGAUUCCCUAAAGGAUCUGCAUGGUUCGCUGAAGGGUUGUCCGGCGGAGGAUGUGCUCGCCGAUGAUCCGGCUGGAUUGAAGGUGCAGCUGAUGAAUCACCAGAAGCAUGCGCUCGUCUGGAUGUUCUGGCGCGAGCAACAGCGUCCACGCGGCGGCAUCUUGGCCGAUGAUAUGGGGCUGGGCAAGACUCUCACCAUGAUCUCCCUGGUGCUCGCCUGCAAGAAUCGACAGGAGAGCGACGCGGACGCCAAAUCCGCCAGCAGCGAUGACGAACCGGAUACGGACAAGCAGCGAAAAAGUGUGGGCGGAUGGAGUUCCAAGGGGCGCAAGGAAACCUACAAAGGUGGCACCUUAGUCAUUUGCCCCGCCAGCUUACUGCGUCAGUGGGAGGCUGAGGUGGCCUCGAAAUUGACACGGCAUCGCCUCACUGUCUGUGUCCAUCAUGGCAACAAUCGGGAGACGAAGGCAAAGCAUCUGCGCACCUACGACAUGGUCGUGACCACUUACAACAUUGUCGCCAGGGAGCAGAAAAUGAUGGGCGCCUUGUUUGGCGUCAAGUGGCAUCGCAUAAUUCUGGAUGAGGCGCAUGUGGUGCGCAACCACAAGUCGCAGUCAUCGAUGGCUGUCAGCGAGAUGCGUGCCAAAUUCCGUUGGGCUCUAACUGGUACUCCCAUCCAGAACAAGGAGCUGGAUGUGUAUGCGCUGCUGAAGUUUCUGCGCUGCACACCCUUCGAUGAUCUGGCCACGUGGAAGCGCUGGAUCGAUAAUAAAAGCGCUGGCGGGCAGGAGCGUUUGAAUUUGCUAAUGAAAUCGUUAAUGUUGAGGCGCACCAAGGCGCAACUGCAGCUGGAUGGUAAACUCAGUAGUUUGCCUAACAAAGAGAUACGCUUGAUCGAGAUGAAUCUCGACAAGGAUGAGAUGAAUGUGUAUUCUAAGGUUAUGGCCUUCUCGCAAACCCUAUUCGCACAGUUUCUGUUCCAGCGUGCCGAAAAGGAUUCGGAUGCGCAUUUCGUAAACGAUGCCUGCAAACCGACACAUAAUCAAAUCAAGGAUCCCAACGGUGCCUACUAUAAAAUGCAUGAGAAAUUCUCACGCAUGGCCGGGCACAACAAGGAGGUGAAGUCCCAUGAGAUUCUGGUAUUGCUGCUUCGUCUCCGGCAAAUAUGCUGUCACCCGGGACUCAUCGAUUCGAUGUUAGAGGAGGAAGGGUCUACGAGCAUUGGGCAUGAUGAGAGCGAUGGCUAUACGCACGAAAUUGAUCUGCUGGAUCAGCUCAAUAAGAUGACCAUCAAUGACAGCGCCAGUUCCAGUUCAUCACGGCGUUCCAGCAAUGGCAACAGUCGCGGCAGCGGGGGGAAUGAUGAUGUGCGUCUGGCCAAAGCCUCAAAGAAUGUGCUGAAGCGCAGCAAUCCCGUCUUCAAUCUGUGUCGUCCCUCAACGAAAAUGCUGAAAGUCUUAGAGAUCCUGAAGACGAACAUUCUGAAAUCGGAUGAUAAAGUCAUCAUUGUAUCGCAGUGGACAUCGAUGUUGGACAUUUUGCGUGAUCUUUUGCAGCAAGAAAAGCUGGCAGCGCUUUCACUAAAUGGCAGUAUUCCUGUCAAGAAUCGUCAGAAUAUUGUCAAUGAGUUUAACGAUGCGCGCAACUCCAAACGCAUUUUGCUUCUUUCUUUAACGGCGGGCGGCGUUGGCCUCAAUCUGAUUGGUGCCAAUCAUUUAAUCUUACUCGAUUUGCAUUGGAAUCCCCAGUUGGAGGCACAGGCCCAGGAUCGCAUCUAUCGUGUGGGUCAAAAGAAAGAUGUAUUCAUAUAUAAGAUCGUGUGCCUCGAGACCGUUGAGCAGCGCAUCAAAGCGCUCCAGGAUCGCAAGAUGGCGCUGGCCGAGGGUGUACUAACUGGCAAGGUCAGCUCCAAGCUGUCCAUCGAUGAUCUCAAGGGUCUGUUCGGCAUGUGAAUCCUCAUUUCUCCAACAAUUCCAUAUUCCAUAUAAGAAAUAAAAUUCAAAGAAUA